UUUAAGACUCUCCCCGUCUCCAUGGUUACAACCAGGAACUAAACCGAGCGUCUUUAGCAUCCUAACAUCUGCUGCUGCAAGCGCUUCACGUCUGUUUUAUUCCUCUUUUAACCGACUGUGACUCCUCUCCGAUAAGUACAGGAUGAGUGGGAGCAGCGAUGAUGUCGUUCCUGUGAACUGCACCAUCAAACCUCCAGUUUACCUGCAGAUUGGAGACUCUAAGACAGAAACAGCUCACUCUGGUGUGUGUGUGGUCGACGUCAGCCUUCCCUUUGGAAAACCGGUCAAUGUGGAGGAAAUCACCUUUAAGAACUACUACACCGCCUACGUGACGGUUCGUCUGCUCAGGAGGAGUCCAGGUCAGGAGGCUCCAGCCAAGUGGUCCACAGCCCUCAGAGACCUGCCGCUGAUGGACAACCCUCACACCGAGGGGGGCUCCCAGGAUUACUACUCCAUCCACAGGACUCAGAUGCAGGUGGAGGCGGACCACGUCGUGUCCAUCAGAUUGAUCCUGAGACAGCCGUCCUCCGCCUGGCUCACCUUCAGCCUGGAGGACGUCAAGAUCUUCCCUCACAUGGAGCCGGACCCAGAGAAGGAGGUUUCUGAUUGGCUGUCUGACCUGACUCUGGUCGACCAUCACCCUGAUCUGGAGGGCCUCCCAGAUCCACAGACGGUAUCGUCCAGCAUUCAACAGAUGUGGGCUCUGACUGAGGUGAUGCAAACCAACCAGACCACCGCCUCCAUCGGACGGUUUGACGUGGACGGAUGCUACGACAUCAACUUGCUCUCUCUGACGUAACAAGAUCAAAUGUGAACAAAAAACUUACUUUAUGGAAGAAAACGGUUCAGAAUCCAAAGGAACGACCAUGAAAACCAAUAACAGCAUGAUAUUAGUGAUAAUUUCUGCCUUGGAACCGCUGAAAGAAGAAACUCUGAUGAAUGUGGACGACUGAUCACUUCUAAUUCUAUUUAAAGUCUAAUAUUGCCUAUUUAUUCUCAUUUUAGUUGUUUUGUAUCUUGUAUUUUGAUGGUUUGCGUCUCAUUUUCAGUAGGUUGUGUCUCAUUGUGGUUCAUUUUUCAUGUUUUGUGUCUCAUUUUAGUUGUUUUGUAUCUGAUUUUUGUCAUUUUGUGUCUGAUUUUGGUUGUCGCAGCCUCAUUUUUGAUCGUUUGCAUCUGAUUGUUAGUUGGCUGUGUCUCAGUUUGGUACUUUUACGUCUCAUUUUGUAUCAUUUUAUCUCAUUUUGUCCCAUUUUGUGUUUUGUGUCUCAUUUUAGUUGUUUUGUAUCAGAUUUUGGUUGUUGUAGCCUCAUUUUUGAUUGUUCACGACUCAUUUUUAAUUGAUUGUCUCAUUUUGUCUCAUUUUUUCAAAGUUUAUCCCUCAUUUUAGCUGUUUUGCGUCUGAUUUUGUUCAUUUUGUGUCAGGUUUUGGUUGGGUUUGCCUCAUUUUUGCUGUUUUGCAUCUUAUUUUUAGUUGGUUGCGCUUCAUUUUGGUAGUUUUAUGUCUCGUUUUUAUCAUUUCAUCUCAUUUUCUCUCAUUUUUAAAACUUUUUUUGUCCCAUUUUGGUUGUUUUGCAUCUGAUUUUGGUCAUUUUGCAUCAGAUUCUGGUUGUUUUUACCUCAUUUUUGAUUGUUUUCAGCUCAUUUUAUAGUUGAUUGUGUCUCAUUUUGUCUCAUUUUUUGUUUUGUGUUUCAUUUUGGUUGUUUGUUGGUUGAUAAUUUAACUGUUUUAGGUUUUAGCAUCAUUUUCAUUUUUAAAAACUGCACUGAAGCUUUGACUGAACAGCGCUAUGGUCUGGAUGUUGACAUUAUUUUGCACUUUUACUCUGAAAUGCAUGUGUGAGACUCUGAAAGUGUAAAAAAUAAAGAUAAAAAUGCUGCAGAUGCACAUGUAACGCCGAACACUUGGUGGCAGCAAAGCUUCAUUUAAAACCUGCUGCUAACUGCAGUUCAGUGACGAUAAAUUUAGCUUGAAGACCUUCAGAACACUUUUUUGGGGAAGAUUCUAGAUUUAAUAUCUGGGUUAAGGUCUGAUUUAAAAAAGAUUAGGGUUGGGAGCAAAUAAAAGCAUUAGAGAUGCAGAGAUGGAAAAGUACAACACUUAGGAACACUCCUGAUGCAUUUUAUAGGAGCAUUUUGACUCCCAGAUUCAGAUUAUUAAUGCAAAAACUGAUCAAUUAUGAUGUAAUAUUAUAGAUUAAUCCACCUUUACACGCGGAUUCAAAGGUGGACGAAGUAUUUAGAACCUUUAAUGAAGUAAAACCUGCAGCAAAACAGUUUUAAAAAAUUUGGUUAUUAAAGUAGAAGUACACAAAAAUUAAUAUUCAAGUACCUAAAGUGUCAUAAAUGCUAUAAUAUUGCAUAAAACUUGUGAAAUAUUGGUUUAAUGUUGCUGGUGAAUGUGAUUUUAUGACUUUAUAUCCUACUGUGUAGCUCAAUCUACAUCAUAAUUUGCUAAUUUAGUGAUAAUCUGCAUCUGCUAAAUAGCUAAACCUUUAAAAUAUACAUAGUUGAGUAUAAUAUUUGCCUUUAAAGUACAGCAUAGUCGAAAUAAGAGGUAGAAUACCAUGGAAAUACUGCGGUAAAGUACAUCAAAAUAGUAUUUUAAGGACAGAUUCUUAAUACGUCUCAUUUUUCAAGGUUUAUGUCUCAUUUUGGUUGUUUUGCAUCUGAUUUUGGUCAGUCUGUGUCAGGUUUUGGUUGGUUUUGCCUUGUUUUUUGCUGUGUUGCAUCUCAUUUUUAGUUGGUUGUGCCUCAUUUUGGUAACUUCACAUCUCAGUUUUGAUCAUUUGCAUCUAAUUUUGUCUAUAUUUUCAUGUUUUCUGUCUCAUUUUGGUUGCUUUGCUUCUGAUUUUCAUCAUUUUGUGUCAGAUUUUGGUUGUUUUCGCCUCAUUUUUGCUUUUUUCAUCUCAUUUUUCACUGAUUGUGUCUCAAUAUGUCUCAUUUUUCAAAGUUUAUGCAUCAUUUUGGUUGUUUUGCAUCUGCUAAAUAGCUAAAUCUUUAAAACAAACAUAGUCAAGAAUUUUAUUUGUCUUAAAAAUAAGGAUAGUAGAAGUAGGAAGUAGAAUAACAUGGAAAUACUGCAGUAAAGUACAUCAAAAUUGCAUUUUCAGUUCAGAUCUUGGGUACAUUUACUCCCUAAAAAUCUGAAAAUGACUUUAUAGCUGACACAAAUUCACUCGGUAACACUCUUUCUCAGUGUUGCAGCUGCAGAUUUCUCAUAUUUGAUGCUUUUCUUUGUCACAACCGACAAACUAACUGAAUAUAUUUUGGAUUCUGGACGUCACGGUGGAUCGUGACCCGCUACAACAGGCAUUUUUCCACUAUUUAUUGUCACUUUAUGCACAAAAUAAUGAAAAUAUUCUCCAGCAGCAGCCCCUAAUAUGAUAUGUAUUAUUCAGAAAUGAGUCAUCGCUGCAUAAAUCAGCGCUUUAUUGCUAUUUUCAGUCUGUUUGUACUUGACUGUGCAGGACUCUAACAGAAGACUCGCUGCUUGUUCGUCCACGUCUUGUGGCCAGACAUGAAUAAAAACUAAUUCUCUGCUCUCUGUGCAUGACUGAGCAGCUUCCACAGAGUGUUGGACAUGGAGUGUGUUUAGCGGCCGCUGCUAAACACAGUCCCAGUGGUGCUUCUUAAAAUACAGCAGCUCUGGUUUCACUUACAGUGCAGAACAACACGAUGGAUUCUCAGGAGGUUCCUCCGUCAAGGCCGACUGAAAUAAAGAGGACAAGAGGUUUUUUAUCUUCUUUGUGCUUAACUUUGCAGAGAACAUCCUGUUAUUUCCUCAUAUUGUAAACAUUAAUGCUACAACAGAACAUUAGGAGGAGGAUCACCCUGCAGAAUCCCUCAAACACAUUGCAGAGUCUGAAUCUCAAAUGCUACUCAGACUAUUUCCUGAUAAACUCAGUUUAAUUUACUCGUCUGACUCUGGUGUUGGGUUUCAGAUUGGACCUGACAGCGAGUCUGAUUUUUGCUGGCUAAUACAUAUCUUCCUGUCGAUCACAGUCUGUAAAUACAAACGGCUGAUGUGACAGUCAAAAUGUCUGGAUCGCUACAUGCACGUUAGCAGAUGCACACCUGAACUAAACUUUUCUUGUCACAUUA